UAUAAGUCAACAGACAACAUCUUUCUUAUAUUCAAAAUGCACUUUACACUUUCUUCCCUUGCCCUCUUGGUCGCAGCCACGACCGUCGCUGCUGACAGUGUUGUCACACUGGCCGUGCCAGCUGAUAGCGAUGACGGUUCGAUGGGUGACCUUGCAGACAUCAACUUUAAAAUCGUUGGCAUUAAUGGUUCCACGACGUCAUUCGUACCCAACUGUCCCGCAAGCGCUACCGCUACGAUUACCGCCAGCGCGAGCACUGCCACCGACGACACCUCCCUGAACUGCGAUAUGACGUUGGUUUCUGGCUCUAAAACCUUGUGGUUGGAAUAUGAAGGUGAGGAGUUCAUACGUUGCGAUAUGGGCGAUAAGAGCGCUACUUGCUAUCAAACAUGGACAACAACAAGGGGAACAUCGACCAUUGGAACAUCUGUCACUACUGAUCAAUACCCUGUUACCUCCGUGGCAGUCACCGUCACAGCAACGGCUGCCUCUGUUACACCCACUGCUUCGGCCUCUGCUCCUGUUAAGGCGAGUGUCAGUGGAUCUGCCAAUGCGACAUCGACGAGCGCCAGUGCGAGCGCCAGUGCGUCGCAGACGGACAAUGCUGCCAUGGGUCUACCCACUGGCCACGGCUUCUUGGCUGUGGGGGGUGCAGCCAUGGCGCUGGCUCUAGCCAUCGCUUAGGACAGGGAAUAGAAACCAGGGUAAUAUGGCCUAAGACCACUUUAAAGGAAGGUGAACUGGAUGGAAGUGAUAUUGGUGGUUUAUUAUCAGGAGCGGCAUAAUACAAUUACAUCCAUGUAUUAUUAUAGAAGUUGAACUCUGCGAUAGACUAUGUUUCUUUUACAAACAUUAUGUAUGUUCGUUAUAAAUUCCAACGCAUGUGACACCUGGUUCAU